UGUGGCUGGGGCUCCACCGGCCUCACUCUGUCUGCCAUUUUCAAUUUUCAGAGUCUGUUGACUGUAAUCUUGCUGCUUAUAUGUACCUGUGCUUAUAUCCGAUCCUUGGCACCCAGCCUCCUAGACAGAAAUAAAACUGGAUUGUUGGGUGUAUUUUGGAAGUGUGCCAGAAUUGGUGAAUGCAAGAGUCCGUAUGUUGCAGUCUGCUGUAUAGUGAUGGCCUUCAGCAUCCUCUUCGUGCAGUAGUUUGGGAAAGGAUCAGAAU